GGACCCUCGGCGCCUUCCCGUUUGAGCCUUAAUUUCCCAAGAUCUUGAACUUUUCGAGACACAACUUGACCUCAACAACUUUGUUAUUCCUCAUCAACCGAACACCGCUAUAACUCUAGGCAUCAUCUCGCCUCCUGCCUGAAGAAACCCCCCGAUUCCUCCACCCACAAAGUCGCCCGCUGUGGCGCGAGCUUCCAACACAGCCAUGAAGUCCAUGAAGGGUCUUGGUAUGAGCAAGGUGCUCGGUAGCAUCAGAAGAAAAGCCAGCAAUGUCUCCAAUCGAGCAUCUGACGGACCCUCCGGAGCUUCAUCAUCAGGCACGACACCAGCCGGAACUCCCGAAGCUACAGCUCACAACAGCGUGAAAGCAUUUUGCGAGUCUGGAGGAAAGUCCAAGGUAUGCUCUACAGUCGCCUCCUUGUAUAUCAUACCUCAGCUAAUCUCAUGCGCUUUGGCGAAACAGCAAGAUGAAGUUCUCUUUCUCCCUCCUAUCGUCGACGCCGCCGAAUCCUCCCCAGCCGCUGCCGCUGAAUGCGCGCGCCUGAUCCGCAAGUACCUGUCCAAAGAAUACUUUUCAAAGCCAUCGUGGCAGUACAACGCAAUCAUGCUCUUGCGCAUCUUGACCGACAACCCCGGCGCGACUUUUACGCGGAACCUAGACCAGAAGUUUGUCGAUACUGUGCGAGGACUCCUCAAGGCCGUGAAAGACCCCAGCGUGCGCCAGAUUCUUAUGGAAACACUCGAUGAUUUCCAGCACACCAAGGCGUACGACGAAAACUUGACCUUGCUCACUUCAAUGUGGCAAAAGGAGAAGGAACAAGCUUACAAGAACUACGGAGCACCACAGCAACCAAUGAUGUCGCCAGGCGGUUAUAACACCCCUCCUCCAAACCCGCACUCGCAGAAUUACUUUGCAAGACAUCACACGAACAAGCGCCUGCCGGACCCUAUUGAGCUGGCCAGCCGACUCGAAGAAGCCCGAACAUCAGCGAAACUCCUUGAGCAGGUUGUCAUGAACACGCCUCCUGGCGAGAUUCUCGACAAUGAGCUAAUCAAAGAGUUUGCCGAUCGAUGCUCAAGCGCAUCCCGCAGUAUUCAAGGCUACAUGACGUCUGAGAAUCCCACUCCUGAUAACGACACGAUGGAGAAUCUCAUCGACACCAAUGAGCAGCUGCAAACUGCGCUCAACCAGCACAAGCGAGCUGUCCUGAGUGCCCGAAAACAAUUGGGUUUGAACGAACGAUCCGACUCACAGUCGCCCAGUUUGACCCCUCAAAUUCAGCCUCAGCAACAGCAAGAGUCUCAACCUGAGACCAACGGCAACAACCACUACUUUGACAAUGCAUCUGGGUCAGGUUCCGGCAAGGGUAAAGAGACACACUCCUACCCACCACCUCCAGGUCCUCCGCCCAAGACUGGUGAGGGAAGCUCGAGCCGACCCUACGAAGAGUCCGCCGAGAAUCCCUUCGCAGACCCUCAGCCAGGCAAUUCUCCCUCGGCCCAGCCACCAUCCAACACAGCGGCCCAGUACUCCGAACACGAGCGCCUUGCAUAUGAGCCCUUCCAUCCUGGCUUCAAACCAACAGAAAGCUAUCUAGGUCGUCAAGACAGCGCCAUUGGUAAGGUCCACAUGCACGGCGCUGGAGCUUCAACCCCAUCAGCUCAGCCGCCCGCACAACAACGGCUCGACGAAGCCUCAGACGAUGAUGACAUCUACGAUGCGCCCAGUGGACCACCACCCAAGAGCAAGGAGCCUAUAUACCGAUACUAGAAGCGAUUUCAGGGGAUGGAGAGAUGCGCAUGACGAUUGCCGUCUAUAAAACGAGCGCCCCAGUUUAGUAGAAUUACUAGAAUGUGUUGCGUUGCUUCGAUUUGAGAUGUCAGCGGCCUGGGUCGAGUAACCCCAAGUUUGGGGGAUGGACUCUUUUGGAAAGGUGGAACUGUGCUUUUGGAUCGACAUGAUUGUGUUAUCAUCCAUGCAUGAAAUAGGUUGGCGCGGCGAAAGGGCAGAUUCCCAUAGCGUUCUCUUUAUUUGU